CACUCUGUUACCAUUUUCAUUUCAUCUUCCUCUCUCUAAUGUCUUCUUACCCAGAUUCAUCACCCUAACUGUAUACAAUCAGAAACAAGAUUCAAUUACAAUUAGUACCCAUCGAUCGAUCGGGUUUCCGUUUUGUUUCCGGCCAAUUCCCAAAUGUCGGCAAUAAAGACAUCGCCGUCGAGCCGAUUCUUUACGUUCGGCCUCGUAUCAGCAUGGUACUCAUCAAACAUCGGGGUGUUAUUGCUCAACAAAUACCUCUUAAGCAAUUACGGAUUCAAGUACCCAAUUUUUCUUACAAUGUGCCACAUGUCAUCCUGUGCUUUGCUCAGCUACAUUGCCAUUGCAUGGAUGAAGAUGGUUCCUUUGCAGGCAAUCAGAUCUCGUGUUCAAUUCGUUAAGAUAUCUGCUUUGAGUCUAAUCUUCUGUGCAUCCGUUGUCAGUGGUAAUAUAUCGCUUCGCUAUUUGCCUGUCUCCUUUAAUCAGGCAAUUGGGGCUACGACGCCAUUUUUCACGGCGGUUUUUGCAUAUCUCCUGACUUUGAAAAGGGAGGCUUGGCUUACUUAUAUCACCCUCAUUCCUGUUGUUACCGGCGUUGUUAUCGCCAGUGGGGGUGAACCAAGUUUCAAUCUAUUUGGAUUUAUAAUGUGUAUUGGUGCUACUGCUGCUAGAGCACUCAAAACAGUGGUUCAAGGGAUGUUGCUUUCCUCUGAAGGGGAGAAGCUGAACUCCAUGAAUCUCCUUCUGUACAUGGCUCCUAUUGCUGUUGUACUUCUACUUCCUGCAACUAUGUACAUGGAAGAGAAUGUUGUUGGCUUAACAAUAGCGCUUGCUAGACAAGAUUUUGGGAUUGUCUGGCUACUGCUUUUCAACUCUUCCCUUGCUUAUUUUGUUAAUUUAACCAACUUUUUGGUCACCAAGCAUACCAGUGCUCUUACGCUCCAGGUCCUUGGAAACGCAAAAGGCGCAGUAGCUGUCGUGGUCUCGAUCUUAAUCUUUAGGAAUCCAGUUUCUGUGACUGGGAUGGCUGGCUACACACUCACGGUCAUUGGCGUUAUUCUUUAUGGUGAAGUUAAGAAGCGCAGUGCCAAAUGAGAUGACGUUUCUGUUUAACUUAAGCUGAGAUGCCUCGUUUUUGCUUCUGGAUUCAAGGGUACAGGAACGACCUCCUUGAGGACCUAUAGGGUGUAUGUGCUCACUGCUGGUGUCUUCCAUCAUCCCUCUAACAUUCAAACUCUUUUUGGCACAGAAAC